AUGGCUGGCUGCUUGACCACAAACCACCCUUAUGAGGGCUUGGCUCAGAACACUGCCAGUGACAGGGAACGAGCUCGAGAACUGUACAAAUACUUCCGCCCUCCAAUCUCCUCGGAACCUCUGGACACAGUUCUCACAGCACAUGCCCAACUGGUAGCAUGGAGGUUGAACGCCGAGCGCUCAAUGAUAUCUCUGAUUGACGAAGAGACUCAAUAUUUUGUCGCCGAGAGUACGAAGACGGUCCACCUUGACGACGCUGCCCAGUACGACGACCCCGAAGAUGCGAUUUGGGCUGGAUGUGUGAGAGUACCUAAAGCAGGCAGAUUGUGUGAGCACACUGUAGCCGCGCUCCCACCACCAGAAGGCGGGCCGGCCUAUUUUGAGGUCCUCGAUCUGAGCAAAGACACUCGCUUCAACCAGCUCAAUUUUAUAGCGGGACCGCCGCAUUUCAGAUACUAUGCUGGUGUGCCUCUGCGUACGCAUCGAGGUAUCAAUAUCGGGUCGAUAUAUAUCCUUGACAGCAAGCUAAGACCAGCACUCACUCGCAACGAAAGAAACUUCCUCGGCAUCAUGGCGGACAACGUAAUUCAGCAUCUCGAAAUGACUAGAGAUAAGAACGACCGGCAACGCACCUUCAGGAUGAAUGAAUGCUUGUCAAUGUACGUUGAUCCAGCGUCUGAGGAUGUGAGAAGGUGGAGCUCUGGUCGUCGUAGCGAAUCGUCCGAUGACGAAUCAGAUGACUCCCAAGGCACCGCCGAUGGCUUUGAGCGCAUUGAAGUGAUCACACGAGCUGCAGGGUUGCUGCGAGAAGCAAUGGACAUAGAAGAGGACGGAGGAGGCGUACUCUUCCUAGACACAUCGCUGGCAGCUGUUCCGACUCAGCAACAGCGCAUUGGCAACAUGUCUGGAAGCGAAGCCGCAACUGCAAAGGCGUUAGACGGAUCCAAUUCUGGAGCUACAACCAGGCCAAACACCCGAUCUUCAAGCCCAGAGGUGCGAAGGAAGCGAACCAACACUACUGAGAUUCUCGCACACACCUAUACAUCCGUAGAUGUUUCGCCAGAUCAGCCAGAAUUUUUGCCUUUCACUCCAGAAGAGCUCGCGAAACUUUCCAAACGCUAUCCAAGAGGGAAAAUGUUCACGUACGAUCAACGAGGACAGGAAUUGUCUGACUCUUCAGAAAAUGGAAGUGUGGUUACGGCACGACCAAAGUCAAGAAAACAUCGACAAAUGUCUCCUGCAGAAUCUGCCAGUUUACACGCCCAUUUCCCGAAAGCUCGACAAAUCAUCUUCAUACCGUUAUGGGACUCAACGACAAGUCGAUCAGCUGCUUGCUUUGUGUACAAUUGCUCAGACUACCGCAACUUCUCGCAUCAACUAGAAUUUCUGAAUUGUAUAACAUUCUGCAGCUGCGUCGACACAGAGCUCAUGAGGCUCGCCAACCUCAAGGCAAACGAACAGAAGGACGAUUUCAUUGGAUCAAUCUCGCACGAACUUCGCUCGCCACUGCAUGGAAUACUGGCCUCGUGUGAAUUUCUGCAGGAUACUACAUGCACCUCGUUUCAACAAUCGCUGGUUGAUACUGCAGAAAGCUGUGCGAGGACGCUGCUCGACACAGUCAACAUGGUGCUAGACUACAGUAAGAUCAAUGCUUUCGAGAAGAACAAGACAGGGGACGGCUUGCAGAGCGACACGAGACCAGAGGUUCCUGAGACCUUGCAAACAAACCUGAGCACGCAUCGCAACGUCAACCUCGCUGUGCUAACCGAGGAGGUUGUUGAGGGUGUAGCAGCAGGCCAUGCUUUCAACGCGCGCCAGACUCAAUCACUCCGUAACGAGACCGGGACUUGUGGCAGAAAAUUAAGCGUUCACACGGAUCUUACUCUGUGCAACCCGGAUGUCGAGGUCAUUGUCGAUAUUUCGAAACAAGAUUGGACAUACUGGUGCGAGCCUGGAGGGAUGAGGCGCAUUAUCAUGAACCUGGUCGGUAACUCACUCAAGUACACCAGGGCUGGGUAUGUUCAUGUCGAGCUGGCAACGGAGAUUGGUGAGCCAGACGCUACUGAAUAUGGCGUUCUGACGGUCAAGGACUCCGGUCAGGGCAUGUCCCCCGCAUACCUCAAAGACAAACUCUUCGCGCCUUUUGUUCAGGAAUCGAACCAAGCUCCUGGAAUUGGCUUAGGACUGUCACUUGUAAAGUCUAUUGUCGACACGCUCGGUGGACACAUCGCUAUCGAGUCUACAGUUGGCGUUGGUACGAAAGCGACUGUCAAGAUCCCUUUAAGAAGAGAUACGCGAAUCACCCCAGGAAUCAACUCUAUGAUCCCAAACUGCUCCGAUAACGACGCCGACGACAUCGAUGACAGCAGUAUUGUGCAAACAAUCGCAACGCGAGCGAUCGGCAAAUCAAUCGCUCUCUACUGUCAUGAAGAAAGAGCACCAGCAAGUGGCCGAGACGAAGCGUCUCGCCUGAUGCGCCAGAGCAUAACGGCCUACUUGGAGGCAUGGUGCGGAUUCUCAGUGAGCAGAUGGCACCAAAAUUCUACAGCUGACAUCGUCGUCAUUGAGGAAGCAAACCUCGAUGCUCUUCUCCACGACUCCCCUCAACUUUCAAUUCCUGGUUCCAGAACUAAGAUCCUGGUCCUUCGUAACAUAUCCUCGAUACAAAGUGCGGACGUGCACUCAAUCAAAAAUAGCAACGUUGAAGAUGUCCGCCAUCCUUUGGGGCCGCACAAGCUUGCGCGGGCACUGCUGUCUUGCCUGGACCGCUCCCACGUGAAAGUCGUAGAAACCGAUCGAAACGACUCUCCGUGUGAUGUGACGAUCAGACUGAUCGAAGAGACCACAGCAGCAAUAGGAGAUGUUACGAUUCUUGACAACGAAUCAAUGCAUGACGAGAAUCACACUGUCAAGCAUGACAGUCUCAAUCCCGAGAACGACAAAUUGAGGGCGCAAACAAUCACACAUUUUACGGACAAUGGGCUCCAGCCAAACAUAAACAACGACCUCCUUGGUCGUGCCGACCACAGGAACACAAUUCUCGCCAACACCCGCUCCAAUUCGUCACCCGGAAAAAUUAGUUCCACCGACGAGAAAAAGAUACCAUCCACUACAAAGCCAUUAUCCAAUACCGCAACGCUCAAACCGUCUACAUCCAUCAACACCGCCUUUUUAUCGCAUACACAACGCGUCCUCCUAGUCGAAGACAACACCAUCAACCUCCGCCUACUCCAAGUCGGCAUGAAAAAGCGCGGCUACACAGCGAUCAGCAGCGCCGAAAACGGGCUGCAAGCCGUGAACACAUACCGGUCCCUGCUCCACGCCGUGCCUCCCUCGCCACCAGACAUCAUCCUUAUGGACCUGUCCAUGCCCAUCAUGACAGGGUUUGAAGCAACACGGCAGAUCCGCGAGCUUGAGGCGGAGUACAAUGGGGCACUGCAGGAAGGACAGGCCCCACGCCACUCGCUCAUUGUCGCGUUGACGGGACUCGCCAGCGUCAGGGAUCAGAAAGAUUCUUUUACCAGUGGUGUAGAUUCGUACAUCAUGAAGCCGGUUAGUUUCGCAAAGCUGACCACGCUAUUGCAGGAUUGGACGGUGGAAGGGAACGGGGGUACGGUGAGGGAAGUACCGGGCGUUGCAGUUGUUGUUGGCUGA